AUUAAGAAGAAGAAGAAGCAGUAAGUAAAAAAGAAAAAAAAAAUCAAUCAAUCAAUAAAAAUAAAAAUAAAAGAAGAAGAGAAGAAGAAGAAAAUCUCUCUCCCCUUUAGCUCUGCCCCUUUCUUGAUAGGAGAGAGUAUUAGAGUAAUGAAGUAAUGACCCGUUUCUGUAAACGGGGCCGUUGAAACCCAAACGCCGUUACGAAUUACGAUACUCUGCCCCGUUUAGUUAGUCCAAUUGUUUGUUUUGAAAAGCGAUUUUUCCGCGUAUGGCGCUUGAGGGGUUGAGCUUGGCUCGGACGCCGGAGACGGAGGCCGGUGGGGGGCGAUUGGUGGCCGCCGCCGCCGCCGUGAACGGCGGGGAUGAUGGGAGUAAAGCGCCGAGGUUGCCGAGGUGGACGAGGCAGGAGAUUUUGGUGCUUAUACAGGGGAAGAGAGUGGCGGAGAGUCGGGUGAGGAGGGGGAGGACGGCGGGGAUGGAAUUCGGGUCGGGUCAAGUGGAGCCGAAGUGGGCGUCGGUUUCGUCGUACUGUAAGAGGCACGGGGUGAACCGGGGGCCGGUUCAGUGCCGGAAACGGUGGAGCAAUCUGGCCGGGGAUUUUAAGAAGAUUAAGGAGUGGGAGACGCAGAUACGGGAGGAAACGGAGUCGUUUUGGGUCAUGAGGAACGAUUUGCGCCGCGAGAGGAAGCUUCCCGGCUUCUUCGACCGGGAGGUUUACGAUAUCCUCGACCGCGGCGACUCCGCCGCCGCCGCCGCCGAGGAGGUCACCGGAGCGUUGGCGUUGGCUUUGGGCCCGUCGGUUGACCCGGACCCGGAAACCUUGUUCGAUAGCGGGAGAAGCGCCGCGGCUGAUGAUGGGCUGUUUUCGGAUUUUGAGCAAUCGGGUCAGGAGGAGGCCGGCGUUGCUAGUCCCCGGAAGGAUUUGCCGCCGGCGGCGGAGGAGGUUCCGAUUCCGCCCACCGCUAUUCCUGCUCCAAUUCCGAUUUCAGAGCAACAAUACGAACCCUUCUCUCAAGACACUCCUGCUCAAGGCACGAGCCAUCAGAAACAACCGGCCUCGGAGCCCGAUGUCAGAAGCGCUCAGGAAGGAAGGAAAAGAAAGCGCAACAUGACCGAUACAGAUGCAGAUGAAGAAUCAGAGAAUCUGCAGCACCAGCUCGUGAAGGCAUUAGAGAGGAACGGCAAGCUACUGAGCUCCCAACUCGAAGCGCAAAAUGCACAUUUGCAGCUCGACAGGGAGCAGCGUAAGGAUCAUGUGAAUAGCCUAAUAGCGGUUCUUAAUAAACUUUCGGAUGCCUUGGGGAGGAUUGCGGAUAAACUGUAGAGGAGGAGAGAAACGAAGAGAUUUGGCUUGUCAAAUCAAUGCGGGAUUACUUUGGUCAGUGAAACCAGAUGAUCAUGACAGAUAAUUCGCCUCUUAAAUAGUUUAAAUUACUGAAUAUAAAUUAUAUAAAUUAUAUAUACACAUAUUCUUUUCCUCUUUGGUACAUUCUGAGGCUAUAGUUGUGUUAGAAGAUAGAGCUAUACAAACAAAUAAUAUAUAUAGAAAUUUGAGGCAGCUGGCAAUUUUUCUUCCCCUACUUUGUUUAUUUUAUCUUACAGAAGAAUUGUCCCUGGUUUUGUCAUGACUGUACAGGUCAAACAUAGAUAAUUUAAGUUGUGCAAUUUAUGGGCUUCCAUAUUAUUAUUA